CUACGCGGGAUUCACAACGUAGAAAAGCAUGGCGAAGGUGACGAAGCGCAUGGCCAAGCCGGCGGCUCCUCCGUCCAAGGCGAUGGGCGCGCCCAAGAAGCUCAAGGGCAAGGCUGCCACGCCCAUCAAGACGAAGCGCGUCAAGGCCAAGGUGGCCCGCGCCAUCAAGAACAAGGCGCCCAAGCUCGUCGAGAACACCAAGCAGCUCCUCGUGCUCCGCGGCAACAAGACGAACGAGGAUGUCACGAACCUCCUCCGUGACCUGCGCAUGAUCAAGGCGCCGGACGCCAAGGCGCUCUCGAAGCGCAACGAGCUGCACCCGUUCGACGAUGCCAACAGCGUCGAGUUCCUCACGGCCAAGAACGACACGAGCCUCUUCCUCCUCGGCUCGAGCACGAAGAAGCGCCCGAACAACGUCAUCUUUGGCCGCACGUUCGACGGCCACCUCAUGGACAUGAUCGAAAUGGGCUUUGAGAACUUCAAGUCGAUCGAUGACUUCAAGGUCAAGAGCAAGAUGGCGCCGGGCUCCAAGCCGUGCUUUGUGUUUGCCGGCAACGAGUGGGACACGAUCGAAGAGUACACGAAGCUCAAGAACCUCUUUCUCGACAUCUUCCGCGGUACGAUCACGACGGCCGUGAACCUCAAGGGUCUCGACCACGUCAUUGUGUGCUCGGCCGCCAAGAACCGCGUCCUCUUCCGCCACUACUCGAUCGACUUUAAGCUCUCGAACGACACGCACCCGCGCGUCGAGCUCGACGAGAUGGGGCCGCGCUUCGACCUCUCGUUCCGCCGCCACAAGUUCGGCUCGGCCGACUUGAUGAAGGCCGCGUGCAAGAAGCCCAAGGAGCUCGCGCCCAAGAAGGUCAAGAACAUCACUCGCGACGCGCUCACGGGCGACAAGAUUGGUCGCAUCCACGUCGAGCACCAAGAUAUUUACAGCAUGAACGUCCGUCGCGUCAAGGCGCUGCGCAAAUCGCCUGGUCAGCUCAAGACGGACGACGAAGCCAUGGACUAGAUAACUACAGUACUACCUUAACAACAACAAAAUUCAGAUCUAGAUGUCAACACCA